AUGGGUAAUAGACAAAAACCUCAUUCCUUAACUACAAAAGAUAUACAAGUGUUAGUAAAAUUAAGUGGUAAAACUGAAAAUGAAAUUCGUCAAUGGUACGAUGAAUUUCAUAAAGAAAGUAAUGGUACAGAUCGAAUGAAUAAACGACAAUUUCAAUUAUAUUAUACAAAAUUAAAAAAUAAUCCAAAAUUAGAACAAAUUACAGAUCAUAUUUUUCGAGCAUUUGAUAAAGACCGUUCCGGUACAGUUGACUUUAGUGAAUUUCUAAUUGCUUAUAUUGCAACAAGUACAGGAACAAAUCGUGAAAAAUUUGAAUAUGCAUUUGAAGUAUUUGAUAUAAAUGCAGAUGAUAAAAUUACACAAAAAGAAGCAGAAAAAAUUCUUCAUAUUAUAUGUCAAAUUGUUGGUUUACCUGAAGAAGAUGCAAAAACAUAUGCAAAAACAGUCAUGAUAUCAUUUGAUAUAAAUUACGAUAAAGCUUUAACAAAAGAAGAAUUUGUGAAUGGAUGUUUACAUGAUUCAGCAUUAGGAAAAAUUGCUGAUCCAUUUGAUUUGUAA